AUGGACGGCGCGCCUGCGGAUAGUGCCGCCUCUGAUGCCCAGAUUCCCUCUCAGCUCCGCCAGAGGAUGUUGAACCGCGCCGCGACCUUUGCUGAGGGUCCUCAGCCCUCGCCUACCCGUUCGCUUCGACGCCGGAGCUCCUUACUCUCUGACCUUUCAGACACGCGACACUCGUUCCGUUCGUCGACCGACAACCUCCUCAGAAACAACGACACUCAGGACAAGCUCGUGUCGGUGGAAGAUGGCGCCCAGUGGCUGUCUAGUCCUGUCAUCUUUGCCGUCUUUCCUGCAGUUGCAGGGCUGCUGUAUCAGAAUGGAGCGGCUGUUCUGACUGACAUUCUGACGCUUGGCUUGGCGUCGUGGUUCCUGCACUGGUGCUGUACCUUCCCUUGGACUUGGUACCAUUCUGCCCAGCAAAGGCGGUACAUAGAGCCAGACGAGACUCGAUUCGCCGACACCAUCCACAAAGAGGAGGAUGAAGAUAGCAUCGAGGGUCCGGAAGACAAUGCAGACUCAGUGCCAGAAGACUCGAAAGCGAACGAACAACGAGGCAUGACCGCUGCUGCUGUGGCACAGCUCGAAGCCAGCCAGUCGCUCAAACAACAAGAGCGAAUGGCCUUCGCCACAUGCUUCUUCGGCCCUCUGGCCGGAGCCUACCUCCUUCACACCAUUCGUGGGCAGCUGACGGUCACAGAGGGGCUGGUGUCCGACUACAACCUCACCAUAUUCGUCAUGGUUGCAGAGCUCCGACCGAUUGCGCGCCUCAUGAAGAUGCAGGAGGAGCGCAUGUUCCAUCUGCAGCGUAUCGUCAAGACAGACCCUCGAGACUUGGCGGAUCCCAGCGAUGCACAGGCUAUAGCACAGCGGCUGUCAGAACUGGAGGGGAGACUGGGCGAGCCAACGACGACCAACGACAUGGAGACAUCGCGGGUUGCCGCUGAAGUGCGACAGGGCCUACAAACACAACUGGACGCCAUCACAAGAGCGAUCCGGCGCUACGAGAAGAGAUCGGCAGCGCAGACGAUUCAGAUCGAGGCGCGCUUUCGCGAAGUCGAUUUGCGGCUGAAAGACGCUCUGUCUCUGGCAGCAGCGGCAGCACGAAGCGGACAGCGACCGGGCAUCGUUUCCACCAUGCUCAGCUGGGUUGUGAAUUUGGUCAACAACGUCUUGCAGACGGCUUGGGACGUUGGUCUGUACCCACUCCGGACAGCGCUGGCGGCAGCUGUGCUUGUCAAGUCGUAUUUUGUAAAGGACGAAGAGCGCCAGUCUCGAAGAGGCAUGAAGGGGGAGAGGAACGGACACUCCUCCAUGCCGACGUCUAGGAUGCAGUCGAAAAGCAUACGCUGA